AUGGCUUACAACAUAUCCACUGAACCGAGCGAAGUAACUGUGCUUUGCCCUUUUGCACCAGCCGUAAGCAUGCUUGACCUGAAAAUUUUAUAAUUUUUCCUCGUUCGUCCCUGAAUUUCAAUGUCAUAGAAAUCAUCAUUAUUAAAAUUAAGGUCGACCGAAAACUUAAAACAAAAUAUGAAUUAUAAUUAAGAAGAAAAUGUCGCAGAUGAUUUUGAAUGACAGCGCCUCACCUGCCUGAGGAUGCAGUUAACAUGCUAUUGGAAAAGGAAUUUAAAUAUGAUGUUCCUUCUAUCCGUAAACUUCACGCAACAUAGUUCAUUCUUUAUUCCCACAUGAAAUGAAUUGUUUAAUGGAAUAAAAACACUUAGAGUGCGCGUUUUGUCUCAUGAUAUGUUUAUAGAAAAUCUGGAAUGUGUUUUUAACUCGAAAAGAUUACUAAACUGUGAUUCUAAUGCCAAUCAUAUGUAGCAGAAUUCCAUAAUAUUUUAACAAUAUUGGAAUGCCAGCAUUUGGAGAAGCUUCUUCACGGCCGCCUGCAAAACGACCACUUACGGCAUAUUAUUCUAGUCAUUUAUUUUCAAAAACUUAGUAUUUAAAUACAUUUUAUACAAAAAACGCAUAAACAUGUUUCUCCUCCCACUCCUUUGGCGGUAAACUGCGUCUUCUUUGAGUUUUAUUCUUAAAGGAAGGGUAUCAUUCGGUUUUAAAAACUUUCUCAAAUCUCGAUGAUAGAGUAAUUUUUGGUUUUUAAAUAGCUUGUAAUCAUUCAGUUUUAUGACCUGGUAAUAUCAUUCGUAAAGCAUCAAAUAGUUACAUUUAUUUUUUUGAUUGUUAAGCAUGAAAUGUGGUCCAAAUCAACCGCAAAAUCUUACGAGCAACAUAGGACAUUAUCUCAGUGCUGUAUAGGAGCAUAUGAGUUUUCUUGCACAGAAAGUGUACGACAUGUAGUCUCUAAACCGCGAAUGCAAGUGUGAUGGCACGCUGUGUUCAAAAUUAUUCAACAGUAGAAAAAAGUUUUAAAGCCGAAUGGUACUCCCUCUUCAAGUAUAAAAUAUAAAAAGACGUAAUUUACUACCAAACGGGUUAAAGAACAAACAGUUUUGCUCAUUUAAUCUAUAAAAUUUAUUUGGAUUCGCAAGGAUACGGAGAAUAAGUGAAGGAGAUUUAUUCUAAUCAAGUAGUUUUAUGCGGAAUGUUGUUUAAAGAGGCUGCAGAAAAGAAGCUAGUUUAAAUGCCGGCAUCCAAAUACGACUCAAAUAUUUUGGGACUCUGCUGUAUUAUUCUUAAUAAAUCGAGCAUAUCAAUUAAAACAAACAAAAGUGGAUUGAGCAAACUUUUAACUCGAAAUCAUCUUUCGGAAUUUCGGCGAGCAUUUCAUGAAAUAGCAUUUCAACUGUACAUCUACACUGAAAUAUGCGCGCAUUAGCUGACCUAUCUUUUGAAUACUAACCGAAAUUCUGAAACAUGUUUUUGGUCAGAACGGACAACUUAGUUGAGGUUACGAUAUCAAGUAUCGUGCUGCAUAUUCAAAAGAUAUCUUAGUCCCGCUUCGAUGCUUUCUUUUGAGUACGUCUCUUUCCGGUCGCCUAUAAGAACAAACGCAGGUGAAAAUGGUCACUUAGUUGCUGUAAAUUCUCCCAUUGGUUUUUUUUGUCCAUACAAGUUCAAAACUUGCUUUAAAUGCCCGUUCUUAAGUACAUUUAGCAACGUUUUACACCGUCGACGUUUUUACUCGAAGGAAGUUUAAAUAUCUACUUAGAUGGGCGAGCACUGAUGCAAUAUUUAAAUCCAGAAAUGCCCAUUCAAGUAGCCUUGUGUCGCUCCAUUUUUUAACGCCCCUUAUAAACACACAAAAUGAUCACGAAUGGAAGAGAGUAUGCGCAUCCCAGGUUCUUGUUUAGGAGAAGAUGAAGGCACGAUCACUGGGACAGUAGAUUUAUUUGCCUGAGCUUUCGAACUCGAACUGGAGUUCAUCAUCAGAGACUACUUGGGUGCAGCAAAUUGUGAACAUUUAUAUCGCUCGUACUUGAGGGGGAGGGGGGGAAGUACGUCCGUGGCUAAGUAGGGUUUGUGUCGCCUGGUCCACGAUGGUCCCCCGGCGUGGUGACGCCGCUUGUACUUCGCGACGAUGUGAGCUGCGCCACCUGGCUGCGUGGGCGGAGCGCGUGAUAACACGCAGGCAAGUCGAUGUGUCCGACACCCACGCCUCCAACAGCUCUCGCCCUGUCUUGUUGCCUGCUCGCGCCAAUAUCCGCUUGUUGGCGAAUUCGAACUCAUGGCCUUCCUCCAGCGUGUGAGUGGCUACUUGAGAUAGUGGGUCGCCUCUCCGAACGGCCCGUUUGUGCUCAAGUAUUCGUGAGCUGAGACGUCGUCCUGUCUGGCCUGUUCACGAUUUGCUGCAUCCAAGUAGUCUCCGAUGAUGAACUCCAGUUCGAGUUCGAAAGCCCAGGCAAAUAAAUCUACUGUCCCAGUGAUCGUGCCUUCAUCUUCUCUUACACAAAAUGAUAUUCAUCUAUCGCAAAAUUUUAUGAACUCAUUGUGGUGUCUUCGAAACAGCACAAAGGUACAUUUCAAAAUUCUGCAUGAAGUCACACGCACUCUUGCCAUUGACCACAUAAAAUAAUGUUCAAUAGAUAGUUCUACAGAAUGACUUUGGGUGCAUUGUAAACACAUUUUUGAUCACACCAACUAGAAUUUUGACAUACAAAUAACAUUAUUUGUUCCAAGUGAAGUUGCUUUUUAAAUUGAUUUUCUGUAAAGUUGGCUUACCGACACAAAUCGCUCUCAGACAAAUUGUACUGGCCCUUCAGGUUAGGAAUUUUGGCUGAAAUUCGUGAGCUAUUCGAUCUUGAUAUCUACCAGUAGGACGAAACGGACAAACUUCCAGUUAUUUUGACAAUCCCGAGGUUGAAGUUCUAGAAAGUGGUCAGAAAAUAUGCCACAGGACCAUCACAAAAUUAUUUAAGCUAAAUGGAAACUGUAAGUAUAUUCCGAACAACCUAGAUUAAAAUAGUUCUGCUCAGCAGAGUAAGAGUAGAGGGUAAAGUCUUUUGAGCCCUAGCGUCCACGCGACAUUAUAAUUAAAUUCGUCCUGCCUAUUCAUGUAGGAAUUCUAAAAUCUAAGUAAGACUAGGUCGUGUAGCCUCACGUGGUUUUGCAUAUAUAACUAACUACUAUAUUUGCUCUAUUAGCUCUAUAAUUUGUUUUCAAACACGCUAAAAAGAUUAGCUGUUUCGCUUCAGAAACUUAUCGCGGACGAAACUUACCAACUUGACGGAAAAAUCUGCAGUAGCCAACAAACAAGCUUUUCAUGCAAAACGGUACAAGGUAUGAAUGUAUCUUACAUUAAUGUCUAAAGAAUAAUUGAUCCGCUUUUUGCAAGUAUUUCCACGUCUUAUGGUUGUCCGCUAAAUUAUUAGAAGAUGCUGAGCCGCCUUUUUCUUGCAUUUAGUGGGAUAUAUGUGGCGGCUGAUCAUAUCCUUUCCAAACACAAAUUUUACACAGUUAGUGGUCCUUCCAAACCACGAGAAGUUCGCCAUUACGAUACAAGGUGGCCCUUUCAGUCGCACCAAACUCUGUAAGUAUUUUGCCCCCCUAAUUUGUUUCAACAGUAAAUACGCAUGUCGGUUGAGCAUAGGGAACUCCACCACCUUCGACCGUUUUCUAUGAGAUUGUCUAAAGGAAAGCAGUAUUGGGGUAUAUUGUGCUGAAUUCUCUCACUAACAGCCAUCAAUCUGAUUAAGUAUGCGCUGCCAAACUCCGUCGACCAUACGGUAGCCUGAUACGACCUAUUUCUCAUAGGGUUUAUGUGCAAGGUCCCACUGCACCUGUCGGCGCAAUAGUGUUGUAACUUACUGAGCAGCAUCGUAAUCUAUAAACGGAAAAUAAAUAAGAGACUUUCGAAUCCUGAAAUUGCAAUUGACUAACGCUGACCUAUAACUUGACCGAGAAUCUGACGUAUUUUCAGACCUGAUAUUGGAUAAGGCUGCUUUUCAACGGCUGAUUAGUCAAAAAGUUGUCAACCCAGCCUGUCUUGUCUUUGUCGAAAUUCCUUUCUUCGUCAUUACUGGUCGCUACGCGACUAUCGCGAGGGUUUUGGACCUGCCUCCACCGUAUUCGCAAUUUUUCACAUUGUAGAUCGCUACGGAAAAAGUAGAUUAAUCGCACUACUGUACAUUUUCGCCUUCUUCCUAUGUUUCGUUUCGUUCGAAAAUGCUAUUGAACAUUUUAGAUCAAACAUUUUCUUUUCUGGACUCAAAACCCUUCUACCAUAUAACGGAUGCCAAGAAGAGUACCCGGACUGUUAAGUGUGCUAUCAAAGUGCCGAAAGAUCCCUUGGCUUUGAAGGUAUGGCAUCAACGUGUGUUCCAACUACUUUUCCUAUGAAUCAUAAUUAGUAGACUACCUGACUUUGGAAGCCAAAUGUGUCAUGCAUGAAUAAUGUUCGACCAUUCGUCUAGCCGACAUAAUAUUCAAUAAGGCGUUUAACGAGUCGUUGGGCUUUUUUAUCUUGACCGAAAACAGACCGAUUAGGACGUACAUAAUAGAUUACUCAGCAGUGGCCUCAGAUAAUAUUGAUCCUAUCGUUUUUAUUGCCUUCUAACAAGGUGAUAUCAAACUACCGUGUUAGUCCUCCAAAGAAAUAUACCGCUUUUAGCAUCCUAGAUUGAAAGUAAAACUAUAGUGCCAGUGUGAAAAGUUACAAACGGAUAUCUGCGCGGCAAUGUAGCAAUUAUCACACAAAAUGAAUAAACGGUCAGAAGAUAUAAAAAAUAUGUCAAAAUGAAUUUUUUCUAAGUGGGAUUUGAAAGUUUCGCGUUUUGUAACCCAGUCUUACUUUUCUGGACAACUUUACAUAGCUGUCAAUUUUUGUCGACGGCGUCAUUCAAUGCAGCUUGAGUCUACAAAAGGCGGAGCCCUGCGGUAUGUUCCAAGUUUCCGCCUUAGCACUCACUUAAAAUCCACGUAGGUAACAUCGUUUACGUGCCCAGUCUGGAAAUGAUCUACGCGCUUGUUACGGUGAGAAACAGAGCUAGCAAGCUGGGGUCCCUGCACAGUGUGAUUUGCAAAAUUAAAGGAGCCUAUGGAGAAAAGUAUCUUUCACAUUACGUGAGCUUUGGAUCUAACCGUGAGUACCUUCUACUUCGUUAGGAUGAUAGUCUCAAGUUUAUUCUGAAUGUCCUUUCAAUUCGUGCUUUUUGAUUUCUAGCCUACAUUGCGUAA